AUGGGCUACCCACGGCCUACAGCGUCUGCGAAAGGGAAGAUGAAGGCAUGUGAUGAUGAAAUUGGCGAUGAAAACUGUCCGCGCGUAGUGGACGACUCCGAUGCGGCUUCGGAUUUCUCUUUCGAUGCGAUCCCGCGGGAGCCUUUGACACACACAGUCCUGGGGUGCACAGAGGACUCUACCUCGUACAAUGUCGCUGCAAAUUUGAGUGAGCCGUUUGGGCAGCCAGUGGCAGUACCUGUUUUCACUUCUUCCUUGCAAGAGCACUUUGGUCCACUCGACACCAACUUCUUGACGCCUUCAGUGACUAGCAACGCGACUAAUCGCUCUACAAGCACCAACCCGCAACCGCGAUACCACCUUACAGAGUCGCGCGCGCGUCGUCACUCAAGCGACUCUAUGUCGCUCUACUCAUGGGAGCAACCCGCGCCGAAACCACGCUACUACGCUCAGGCGCUAUCUGGAGAGGACCUGAAAGCGCUCGCACGAGGCGAGAAGAACCACAACCUCCAAGAGUGGUCGGACGAGCGCCUCUUCACUCACCAUGGGGAUCGCAGGGGCUUGAUACCCCAGGCCAUGCCCUUGGAAGAGAAGAUGAUCGCGCUCGCAGAGAUUGAGCACAAGAUGCAGCAAAGCCAGCGCGCUGUUCCCAAGACGAAGGAGAAGGUGCGUAAUAAAGUGCGCAUACCCCGGAUUAGGAAAACAACUGACGAUACGAAGGAUGAAGAACAUGGUCGCACGCAAUUUUGGCAGUCUUCUCAGUCGACAUACGACCUUCGCUCUUCUAUACUGCCACCUCCACUACCUCGGUCAACACCAACAACACAACCUGAGGAGUACGAAGAGCCACGCAACCGUCGCUACUCACACACUCGUGCAGUCAGCAACGGAGACUACUUCUACCAGCCGUCCAGCCCUCGUACAAGCGCAUACAACACCCGACGUAUCUCGCCUCUAGCAAGCCCAUCGGGCCCGUCCUCGUCUAGCUCUUCGAACCAUGUACGCAGCCCUCUAAACCAAGAAGUGCUGUUUCGCGCUAACCCAGCGACGACGUUUGACUCUUUCCUCGUGCCACACAAGUCUGGCACGGGAGAGGUCCUUGCGGAGUCCAAGAACGCGAAGAAGGAUAAGACGCCGACAGCGAGCCUGAGCCCAAGUCCGAAGGCGUUGGCGAAGGUUAGGCGGUUGACGAAGAUGCCGUCGAUGCCGCUACUGCGGAAGCGUAGUAGUGGUUCGUGA